AUGAGAGUCCCAAUCCGAAAUGCUGACCAGCCGAAUGGCCCUGGUCCAGAUUCAGCAGCCCUUCAACUACACCCAGUGCCGUCGAGGGAGUCAGUUGUCGUCAAGGUGAUCCCGCCGAGAACGCCAGCAGCACAGAUCGAGCACGUCCCAUGUGACAUUGUCCUUGUUAUCGAUGUGUCCACCAGCAUGGAAGAUGAUGCUCCUGUUCCAGGGGAGAAUGAAAAGACGGGACUCACUGUAUUAGACUUAACCAAGCACGCCGCUCUCACCAUCAUUGAAACCUUGAAUGACAAAGACCGACUGGGGAUAGUCAGCUUCUCAACGAAAUCCACUAUUGUACAGACCCUUACGUACAUGGACAUCGACAAGAAGGAGGAAGCUCGGAAGAAGAUCAAGGCCCUCGAGCCUAAUGGAAGUACGAACCUGUGGCACGGCAUUCACGAUGGCAUCCGCGUUUUUACUGAGUCACUGAAAAUUGGAAAUGUUGGUGCCAUGAUGGUGCUCACAGAUGGGAUGCCUAAUCAUAUGUGCCCCCCGCAAGGCUACAUUCCCAAGCUCAAGACAUUACCACCUCUUCCUGCGUCGAUUCACACCUUUGGCUUCGGAUACGGCCUAAGGUCCGGCUUAUUGAAGUCACUAGCAGAAUUCGGCCACGGUAAUUACGCAUUCAUCCCCGACGCGGGGAUGAUUGGCACGGUGUUUGUCCAUGCAGUUGCGAAUUUGCAGGCAACCUUUGCAACUGGCGCUACACUGACACUGACGUACCCCAAGUCCAUGGAGUUGCAAGAGGUCGGUGAGCAGACAGUGGUAAAGCAGCAACCAGAAGAAGCCGGAUCUCGAAGCAGGGGCCAGACGACCUUGAAAAUUCCCCUGGGCAAUCUGCAGUUCGGCCAGUCGCGAGACGUAUUCCUUCGCGUCACCGAACCCUCACUUGAGCACGCCGUAGGACGACUCGACCAAGCACCCGUUGUAACCGCCUCCCUCUCAUACACCAAGGCAAAGAUUCACGGACCGAACAUCCUCAGCAGCCCCGUUGUCAUCGCCACGGGAGCCAGCAUCCUCGAGACGUCGAGUAUGUCCAGCGCCGAGGUCGCCUACCACGAGUCCCGAGCCGAGAUAUGUAACUUCUUGUCAUCAAUAUUUCCCCUCGGCACUGACGCCGAACACCGUCCGAACCUGGGCCGUCACGAUCAAUACAAGAAGCAGCUAGUCAAACUCAUUUCCGAAAUCCCCGCCAAGGACUUCGAUGACGAGAAGAACCUCUCCCUCAUGCAAGACCUCAGCGGCCCGGAGCCACAGGGUCAAAUCUCCCUAGCCAUCAACGACAUCAAAUUCCUCCAAAAAUGGGGCGUCCACUACCUCCCGUCCUACUGCAACGCUCACUCCCGACAAAUAUGCAAUUCGUUCAAGGACCCCGGCGCAUUGCAGUACGGCACCGACAGCCCUCUCUUCAUAGCGUGCCGGGACCGCCUCAACGACACCUUUGACAACUUGCCGCCUCCUGAACCUACCGCCCGGCGCUCAUACGGCGGCUACUCCAAUUCCGCCAGCUACUACGCACCCGUCAACAUGAGCCGGUACCGCAACGCCUCCGGCGUAUGCUUCGCGGGCUCGACACCCGUGGAACUAGGCUCCGGGAGGAUGGUGCACAUUCGCCGCCUCCGACGGGGCAUGAAGGUCCGCACACCGACCGGCAUCCGCAAAGUGGCCAUGGUGUUGAAGACGCCCGUUCAGGAGGAGACGCUCUGCCGCGUGGGGAGUCUGCUCGUCACGCCCUGGCAUCCCAUUUCGCUGGACGGCAAGAAUUGGGACUUCCCGGCCUUUUUGGCCGAAGGCUCCGUUCGAUACACCGGAUCCGUGUACUCCGUCAUGCUCCAGCGUGACAGCAACUCUAGAUCGCACGCCCUCCGCGUAUCUGGCACAUGGGGCGUGACGCUUGGCCACGGCCUCACCACGGGCAAUGACGCUCGUGCGCAUCACUUCUUUGGCGAUUACAACCGCGUGGGCAAGAGUCUGAUUCAGCUGGGCGUGGAUAAGUUUGGCGUUGUUGAAGGGAGAGGCGUUGACCGCGAUAAUACCAGCGGUUUGGUCCGUGGAUUCAAGGGCGCAGCACAGUCGAGGAGCAUGGACAUGGACUACAGCGGUGUACCGCUACGGAGUAUCGUGAUGCGUAUGGCGCAGCAUGUUGGCGUUGAUUCAGCUUGA